CGUAAGUUUUUCAAUUGGCGUCUAUAGACGUCAAUUGAAAAACGUUGACUGCCAACUAUAGACGUCAAUGGCAGUCAACGUAAGUUUUUCAAUGGCAGUCAACGUAAGUUUUUCAAUGGCAGUCAACUUAAGUUUUUCAAUUGACGUCUAUAGACGUCAAUGGCAGUGAAUGAGUUAACAGGAAGUUGGCUGCUAUUCAGCGAUCGUGUAUAUUUCUUUCCUCUUAGAGGCCACCCAAACACAUGAGAUAUCAAUAAAAAGCCCAGAAUGUCCUCUAUUUAGUACAUCAGGACUUAGUGGGAUAUCUCAAAUAAGUCAAAAGAUGUAGACCAAAAAACAAAUGUCUAUUACAGAGGACAUAAACGAAUAGGCUGGUUCUCAAGAGGAUAUGUUAUAUGACUUUGUUCUGCUCACAAUACCCUGAAUUUCUUACAGGAACCAACCCUGGAACAAUGAGUCUGAAAGCAAAAAAGAAAGCUCGGACUUCUUUCGGGGCCACAGCACCGCCCUUCAUUGACUACUUGAAAGAUAUUCUACGUCGAUAUCCAGAUGGCGGACAAAUUUUGAAGGAACUGAUUCAAAAUGCGGAUGAUGCUCAAGCCACAAAAGUGGUUUUCAUCCAUGAUGAGCGAAGCUAUGGGACUGAAAGCCUUUGGACUGAAGAACUGGGAAAAUUUCAAGGUCCUGCUCUCUAUGCCUACAACAAUGCCGCAUUCACUGAGGACGACUGGGGAGGAAUUCAGAUGGCUGGAAGGAGUGUCAAGCGUGACGACCCGAACAAAGUCGGGAGAUUUGGAAUCGGCUUCAACUCUGUUUACCACAUAACAGAUGUUCCAAGUAUAUUCAGUUCAGGCCACCUUGGCAUGAUGGAUCCCCAAGAAAAAGUAUUUGGAGAGAGAAGUGGAGGGUUUCGGUGGUCUUUGGAUGAUGCUGAAGACCAAGAAGUUCUGCUGAAUAUGCGUGAUCAGUUUCAGCCAUUUAGAGAUAUAGUCUCACAUGUGUGUGACCAUGGAUGGUCAAAAGUUGUCAUGGAGGAUCAGCACUUCAAUGGGACAAUUUUUAGAUUUCCUUUACGCAAUGAAGAAUCAGAAAUUUCUGAUAAUCUGUAUGACUCAGAUAAAGUGGUUGAGCUUUUUGAUAGCUUCAUUGCAGAUGCAGAUUUGAGUCUCCUCUUCUUGAAAAAUGUCACCUCCGUGUCCUUGUUACAUAUUAGUAAAGAUGGAGCUGUUAACACCAGACUUCAAGUGAAAUCCUCAGUCCCCACAGAUGAUGUUUUGGAGCCAGAAGAGGAGUCAGUCAUUGAGGGUCUAACAAGGUUCAAAGUUAUAACUGUGAGUUCAAAAGACCAAAAAGAGACAAAGUGGCUUCUGACAACAUGUACCAUGAAAGAGGGCGUUGUAGAAGAUCUUGAUUUGCUUACAAAGAAGUUGAGCUUUUUACCUCAAGUUGACCUGGCAUUCCCCUGUGGUGAGAAGAGAGACUGUAGCCAGAGCAGACUGAGCUGCUUUCUCCCCCUUCCAAACAAUGAAUCCAAUAAGACAGGACUCCCAGUUUAUGUCAAUGCAUGCUUUGGCCUCACAGACAAUAGAAGACACAUCAAAUGGCAAGAGGAAGACCAGAGACAUGAUGAACAUGCUUUGUGGAAUGAAAUGCUGAUGAAGAAGGUGUUUCCACAAGCAUACAUCAAGAUCAUUCAAGAUGCCAUUAAACUUGCCCAAAACUCUAUCCUCCCUGUUUCCUCUGUGUACAAUCUGUGGCCAGAUCUCACUCAGAUACAACACAAAGAAAAAUGGCAUGCUCUCACUCUGGAUGUUUUUCAUCACUUAUUCAGACAGAACGUGGCCAUCCUCUCUCUUGCUAAAGAUGAAAGACAGUUUAUCUCUCCAUCAGAAGCUGUUUUCCCCUGCAAUGGCCCAACAAGCACCAACAUAUUGUCUGCCAUUAAAAGGGCUUUAGUGUCAUGUGGAGAAAAUCUUGUCACUUUACCAGCUAGUGUUGCGAGGGCUAUAAAUGAGGCCUACCCAAACCCUGCUACCCUAAAACAUGUGACUCCAGCAUUCCUCAGGGCCAUUCUCCACAGGACUGGUGUGGAUAACAUCACUAAAGAUGACAAACUCAGUCUUUUGGAGUACAUUUUAGGUGAUGAACAAUACAAAGAACUUGAGGGUCUUCACCUCCUUCCACUCAGUGAUGGCUCUUUCAGAUAUUUCACAUACAAAGAGGAAGACACUGCUUUGAUUGACAGCCAUGAAUGUCCAAGAGUCUUGCUGCCAUUCUGUAAACCCUUCUUCAUCCCACAUGAUCUGACUCCAGCCUGCAGUGCACAUCUGAAAGAACUGGCCAGAAGAAAUUUCUUCAAGGUCACCAACAUUGAUGCAUCCCAUUUGGCUGAAUAUGCAAGACGAUAUUUGCCACCAGACUGGAAGCAGACAGGGAAGAACGUUGUUGCAUGGGACAACAACAACAGUCAGCAUCCACCUUCAGACUGGUUUCAAGAAUUCUGGAGGUUUCUCAACAAUCAUUUUAAUGAGUUAAGUCCUUUCACUGACAUACCUCUAAUACCAGUUAGUCCUCUGUCUGGCAGUCAGACUGUAUCAGUAGCAAAACUACAGCAGAACACAACUCUGAUCUUUCAGAAAAGUAAACAGCUGAAUUUGCCAGACCGAAUAGCUCAGCUGGUGAAAAAAGUUGGUGGGACAGUGGUGAGAGGAAAUGAGUGGCUCAAGCAUGAAGACCUUGACUCGUACGUGCUGUGCCCAUCUCCAAGGAGUGUUUUGAAGGUCCUGAUGAAUUUAGAUUUCCAGCAUCUUGUCACAGAACUCAAAUCCGCCUCCCACACAGCACACAAUGAACUAAAAGAUUAUCUCUCUCAUCUGGAUUCUCUCUCAAAAGCAGAGAAAGAUUUUCUCUUGAAGUUGCCUUUGUUUCAAACCAUGAAAGGAUUCAGUGUUGCAGCUCAAUCAAAACAAGCUGUGCUUCUGAUCUCAGGCCUAACAGUACCAACAGAGCUCCCUAUGCCUGAUUCCAUAAUCCAGUGUUCUACUGAGACUGACCGCAGACUGUUACAGCUGCUCAAAGUUCAUCUCUUGGACACUGCCGAAGCAGCCAAUGUUCUUGUUGACAGCAUAAGGAAAGGCGCUUGCAGCAGUGACAACACUAACAAAACAAUGACUUGGAUUUUACAGCAUGGUAAGGUGCUUUUCUCACAAAACCAAUCCCUGAAAUUUAGCUGUAAGGACUUGAGCUUCAUUGAGGUGAAUGGACAGCUGAAAAAGGCAUCUGACUUUUUUGAUCCAAGAAUUCCGACUUUUAAAGUCAUCUUUGAGUCAGACUUCUUUCCACCGCCUUCAUACACUCAUUCACUGCAGAUGCUGGAAAGCUUAACAGAAAUCGGAUUACUGAAUAAAGAGAUGGAUGUCUCACCUGAACAUUUGCUACGUGCUGCCACGCUGACUGACAAACUAUGCAUGAACUCACAAAUCGAGGCUCUGAGAAGAGCUCAGGUUCUGUUGGAAAUAUUGGAAAGUAAUGAUUUACUGUCAAAGUUUUCUCACAGACAGCUUCAUUGCCUCAAAAUGCUUAAAUGGAUCCCAUGUGAACAACCUGGAGGUGAGAAACAAUUCAGUGAUAAAUCUCAGAAGUAUUGUUUGUUUUGCCCAAAUGAAAUAAGACAUUCUGUGUAUAAGGACAUUGUUGGACAUGUAAUGCCACUAACAGGGAAGCUCAGUGACAGAGUUAGCAACAGACUUGGUCUCAAAGACCUACCACCACCUGAAAAAGUGACUGAGAAUCUGUCAGUCUUGAAAUCAAAAGCACUGGAAAUGGUUAAUCCUGACACAGAUGUAGACUUCAAAAGACAGCUGCACAGCAUUUACAAACACAUGCAAGACAAUGUCUCUGUAUUUGUUACAAUGAUGGGCAAUGAGACAUGUUGGCUAUGGACUCACAACCAGUUUGUUGCACCCCAGGAUCUGGUUCUUGAAUACCCAAAUAAUCUAGAUCUGAGUUCUUACAUUGGGAAGGUGCCAAGUGAAUUUUUGCCAUACAGAACAUUGUUCCAGAAGUUUGGCCUGAGAAAAGUACUUUCCAGUGAAGACAUUUUAGGCAUUCUGUACUCUGUCCAGCAAACAAUUGAAGCAAGACAACCGCCAUUUGCAAGUUCCUCAGAGGUCAAAGUGUCAAUAGAAAUUCUCAACUGGCUCUGGAAAGAGAAGAAAACAGUUCAGGAUGACAUCCCAGUGCCAGUCAUUGCUGAGGGAGGAAAAUUUACCCUUAAACCACGAUCAACAGCUCUUUUCUGUGAUGUAAGCAAAAAUGGACUAAAAGAACUAAACUGCAGAGAAGAGGAAAUUUAUGUCAUACAUGAGGAAAUCCCAAAAGCAGCAGCUGAAUGGCUGGAAAUUCGUUUUCUCAGUACCCACAUCCUUGAUCCAGAGGAGAUAGGAAUAGAGCAGUGUGGACAAUCUGAACCAAUAACAAUGAGGAUAAAAAACAUUCUUAAAGAGUACGAUGAAGACAGUGACAUCUUCAAAGAGCUCAUCCAGAAUGCAGAGGAUGCUGGGGCAGAUGUUUGCAAGUUCUUGGUGGAUUUCAGAGUACACAGAGAUGCCCCUGAAAGCCUGAUUGACCCUGACAUGGCUCUUUGUCAGGGACCUUGUCUUUGGGCUUUUAAUAAUGAGCAGUUCACAGCAGAGGAUUGGAAAAAUAUUGUCAGAGUUGGCUCAGCCUCAAAGGAAAACAAAGUGGAAAAAAUUGGAAAGUUUGGACUUGGAUUCAACACUGUGUAUCAUGUGACAGAUGUCCCCUCCAUCCUUAGUGGCAACACUCUUCUCAUACUUGAUCCAAAUGUUACUCAUCUCACAAAACAUAUCAAACAUAAAUCAAAUCCUGGAAUCAAGCUGGAUCUCUCUCAACAGCAUCUCUUUCAUUGUUUUCCUGGUCAGUUUGGAUCAUAUGAAAACAUUUUUGACUGUAAUUUUACCAGAAAAAGUCCUCCUGAACCCUAUCCAGGCACUCUGAUCAAACUACCUUUCCGAAGUGAAGAAGAAGCUGUCAAAUCAGAAAUAAGCACAAAUGUGUAUCAAAAACCCAAUAUCCUUGAUUUUCAACAUCACUUUUCUAAAAACUCACAAACCCAUCUGCUUUUUUUAAAGAACAUCAUUACAUUAUCCCUCCAAAAUAUCCCACACAAUGGAUCAACUCCACCAACAGAAAACGAAAUAGAGACCAUCUUCUCUGUGUCCAAAACCACUGUGAGUGCAAUGGAGAUUCCUGAUGACACCAGUGUGUCCAAGCAACGUCAUGCUGAGAAAUCACUGAUGAAAGUUGAUGGUAAAUGCAAAGGACUAAUUGAAUCUUGCACAGUCAGAAUUAUCCAAAUAUCCAGUCAGCAGUCUAAUGAAAAUGAACUUCAGUCCUGGCUCCUGUACAACUGCUUUGGGACAGAUGAGUCCUUUAAAAUGGCCCUUCACAAAAACAAGCAGGCCAGUUUCUCUUUGCCCAUUGGAGGGAUUGCUGUGCCCUUGCAAAAUCAUCCAGAAACUGGAAAAUUCACCAUAUUACAAACAGAUCUUGUUGGACAGGCCUUUUGCUUCCUUCCUCUUCCCAUUCACACAGGUCUUCCUGUCAAUGUAAAUGGCACAUUUGCUGUGACAAGCAACCGAAAAGGUCUGUGGGAAACUGGAGUGAAAAAUGACUGGAACAAAGCUCUCCUUCAGGAUCCAGUAGUGACAGCAUAUGUUACUGUACUCAAGGCACUAAAGAAAAUGUCAGAAAAUAAGCAGCUGGUGAGUUACUGUUAUCACACAUUUUGGCCUGAUAGAGAGAAAGUGACUGAAACGUUCAAGCCUUUAGUGGAUGCACUUUACUCAACCAUUGUUGAUGACUCUGUUGGUCCAGAGCUCUUUAGUGAUGGAGAACAAUGGUUCUCAAUGAACAAUGCCAUAUUUCUACAUGAGAGCAUUGAAAAUGAUGAAAAGAUUGGUGACCUUGCAGUUCAAGUUUGCAAGAAAUAUGCAAAAGGACCCAAUCAUGUUGUUCCUCUUCCACUGUGGCUGAGAAAUAGUUUCAAACAGGCUGGCCUAGAAAAGGUUUUACAAAACAGGACCUGGAACUGGGAGAAGUUCUACAGGGAAGCAGUGUUUGUAACCUAACUACAAUGGACUCGAAGAGUAGAGAUACCCUUGUGCUGCAUGCUAUUGACCUUCAUAUCAAAGAAAUUGACAAUCUGCUGCUCUGCUAUCCAUGCAUACCCACAAAGGGUGGACAGCUCCA